GAAAAAGAAAACAGUAGGGUAGCUUAACAAAGGUCAUAAUUAUCUGUUUUGCUACUAUAAAAUCUGGUUAGUGAUUCAAUGGCCCGGAUUAAUUCUUCCUAAUACAAAGAAUCAUAGGACAGUCUCCUACUUCAUCCCAAUGACACCAAGGAUCAAAAUCCACAGAAAUGAUAAUGAGAACGUGGGUAGUUCUUUCUUAUCCAAGUGGAAGUCAUUUUGACUGUCUUUGAAAAUCAAAAUUAACCCACCAAAUUAUCUGAUACAGAUUACCCUUCAUUCAAAUUCAAUAAAAAAGAUUCAAAAAACAAGCAAAUCACAAUUUCACAGGGGCCCUACCAUGAAAAUCCAAAAGGGAAAAGAGUGCCCUACCAUGAAAACUCACCAAGUAGAAGAAGAAAAAGAAAGUGUAACCAAACUGCUGAAGCAGUUCAUGAACUUGCAGCAAGACUGGGAUUCAUACAAACAGUCUAACCCAAGAGCCAAGAGGAGGCAUUCAACCAACUCAUCAAGUUUCACCAUGGUGAAAAAUCUUGAUCAGCUCCUGGACACUUCUCCAAGGCACCUCAUGUCUUCACUUCAACACGGACUGUCACCUUCACAAGGAGAAUGGCGAGUGAGGACCAAUGAUUUGGUGGUGGAGGAGAUUAGGAGAGAGAGAAGGGCAGCCAUUGAGAGUGGUAAGUUGAAGGGAAGGAGGCUUUUUGAGGCAGAGGAAUGUGAAACAGAGAUGUGUUUUGGAGGAACAGAAGGGAUAUGGUGUGGUGGGAAUGGUUUGGCGCAAGGGAGUGAGGUGAGAUCAGUGUCUUUUGAUGAUUCUGAUGGUGAUGAUGAUGAUGGCUCUGGUAAGAGCAAAGAGAUUGCAGUUUGCUUUCAGGGUUGUUCUAAAACUUCUUCAUCUUCAUCUUCUUCUUUGUCUGAUGAGGAUGUGGAGAGAGAGGUGGAGAUAGAGGCAAGAAAGAAAUUGGUGAGUGUGGAAGAGAAAUGGGUUGCUAACAAAAAUGAAGGUGGUAAUGGAAGAAGGUGCAUGGCUAUGAUCAUGCCUUGGCUUGCCAUUGCUUUACUUGUAUUUGCAAUUUUCUUUAUCAGAGGUUUUGCUGGAUAUCCAAAUGUAGAUGAGGUGGUUCUAGUCCCAACAUGAUAUGCCUCAUUCAUCUUGGUUAGGUAUUGCUUUUUUGCUUCAUCCUCUUCUCCAUGGAGCUUGAUGAACCAAUCUUCCUUUUCUUUUUCUUUUUUUCCUUCUCAAUUUUAUGAGUGAAGUUUUGAUAAUCUUUUUGAAGAACAGAGAACCCUUUAGUGGUGGUUGGAGUGUUAUCUAUCUAUAUAUGUGUAGAGAUAUUUACUCAUAUUCACAAUCCAGAAAAUGGUAGUUUUCCAAAGCAGUGACUCAGCAGAUUUAUCUUAUAAUAGUAAUAAAAAGCAUAUGUAGAAACAUGAAAGCAAGGAGGAAAGAAAAUUUUCUAGAAACCAUACGAAAGAGGAUGCAUGUAAGACAAGCGUAUAAGAUUUGUCUUUCCAUUUUGAUUAGCAGGUCGUUGCCUGAGUGCAUGACUUGUAUUUUGCAUAUCAAGCAAAUUUGCACAGCAUAGCAUCAAAAACCAUUUGCCUUGGAAGACCCUCCAACCCUAUGUGACAUGGUGGCAAUAUUGCCUGCUUUAUUAGGCAUUAUAUGUUUGUAAAUGUCUCAGUAUCUGGUCAAAGUUUUCUGCGGAAGUUUCAUCAGUGGGAUGUGAAUGGAUUCCUUCAUAUGUCGUCACCACAAUCUCUUCAUCUUUCGAAAGGCGUUGGACUUGCUUUUUGACAUUGCACCCUUGAUGCGUGCACCUAUAGUAGCUUCUGCAUCAUAUAGUCAAAAAACCAAUUCACUAGAACGAGCAAGAUGACCAAGGCAUUGCAGAAACAGAAGGAAAUUUCAAGCAUUAGGUGAAGCAUGGAACUAGACAAAGAUGAAGUUACUGAGCAGAUAUGAGCAAUCAAGUGUUUUAGUGCAUUUAUUUAGAGGACCAUCUUAGGUAUAAACUUUACAAAUCCAAUAAUUAAUUGCUGGCAGUUUGCUAACAGUGUUUGAUUUAGAAAUAGAAGACUUCCAUUUUGAUCCCCAUUCUUAGCACUUGAACUGAGAACCAAUAUAUCAAAACUUCAUCACAAGAAUCCAAAACUUCUUGGUCUU